AAAAGUGAAAAGAAAAAGAAGGGUCCAUUCCAUUUCCAUCAUACUACCAAAAAAGCAAAAGCUAAAGAAAAAAAAAAGCAAAAAAAAAGAAGACAAAGUUUAAAGAGAGAGAAUUCAAACAAGAAGAAGGGUUUUCUAUCUUUGUGGAAAAAAAAAAUAAGAAAAAAAAAUGCAGAAUCAACAACAGCUACAGACACUGAUGCAAGCAGGUCAGAUUUCAGGGAGUUUGAGUUUUAAUGGUAAUUUAAGUAAAGAAGAUGAAGAAAUGUCAAAAUCUGCACUUUCAACUUUUAAAGCUAAGGAAGAAGAGAUUGAAAAAAAGAAACUCGAGGUUAAGGAGAAAGUUCAAGCUCAGUUGGGUCGUAUUGAAGAGGAAACUAGACGUUUAGCUAUUAUUCGUGAGGAACUAGAAGCAUUAGCAGAUCCAAUGAAGAAAGAAGUUUCAACGGUUCGAAAAAGGAUUGAUAUUGUCAACAAGGAGUUAAAACCCCUGGGCCAGACUUGCCAGAAGAAGGAGAGAGAAUACAAAGAAGCUCUCGAGGCCUUCAACGAAAAACACAAGGAAAAAGUACAACUUAUAUCAAGAUUGAUGGAGCUGGUGGGUGAAAGCGAGAAAAUGAGGAUGAAGAAGUUGGAGGAGCUGAGCAAGAGUGUAGAAACGAUCCAUUGAAAGAUAAAUCACCUUAAAAAAGCUCAUCAGUGACGACUAAUUAGGCUUGUGUGAUAUAUUUAAGAUCUAUAAUCGAAAUUUCUGUUUAUUAUAUGGUUGUUUUCGCGUUUGGUGGGUGUAUUCUUUCUUCCUUUUUUCGCGCUUUAUGUUGUUCUUUGUUCAUUUUUAGGCUUUUGAAGGAUGAUGAUCUAAUUUUAGGUGUCAAAAGGGAAGAAAUACCCUUGUAAACAUGUUUGUAACUAAAACAGGUCUUCUCUCAAGCUAUGGAUUCUUUUGUUCAAUUA